CAUAAAAGACGCCGUACCUUUUCGCGGUCAACGGUCCCGACGUGACUGCGACCCCGUCGCUCCAAACCGACCCUGACUCGAGAGGCUCGGCCCGCCGACCGACCGACCGACCGCCUCGAGCCGCCUGCAGCGGAGAGAAACACAAGCGCGGUGCAGAGGAAGCCUCGAGGGGGAACGCCCCCUUCCGCCUCCGCCUCUGAGAGAUUCCGACACCUGCUCAGGUAAGCGCAGAAGCUCACCUGCCGGAGAGCGGAGGUCAUGGCGCAGGCUGCGGAGUCGGGGAUCGCCUACACGGGGCUCCGGUCCUUGUUUUUCAUGCUCACCCCGAACGAGUCGUCCUAUCAGAAGCUGGAGGAUGUGCCUCAGUAUGUCCAGCAGGCCACUCCUUUCUUCAUAGGACUGAUGGUGCUGGAGAUGGUGGUGGGCCUGCUGAAGACAGGAUCCCCAGUGCUCACCAUCAGUGACGGACUCACCUCUGUGUCCUGUGGAAUGAUCUCCAGAAUCCCACUGCUGUUCAUGAGGAGCUGUGAGCUGACUGCGUACGUGUUCGUGUGGGACCGGUACCACCUGCUGGAGCUCCCCUGGGACUCCGCCUGGACCUGGUGGCUCACCUUCGUGGGCGUGGACUUCUGCUACUACUGGGUCCACCGCAUCGCUCACGAGGUGUCCAUCGUCUGGGCUGCUCACCAGGUUCACCACAGCUCAGAGUACUUCAACCUCACCACGGCCCUCAGACAGUCCCUCACCCAGCAGUUCACAUCCUGGAUUUUCUACAUGCCUUUGGCUCUGAUUGCACCUCCCACCGUCUUCGCCGUCCACAUACAGUUAAACCUCCUGUAUCAGUUCUGGAUCCACACUGAGCUGAUCAGAGACCUCGGACCCCUGGAGUGGGUCUUCAACACCCCAAAACACCACCGAGUUCAUCACGGGAGAAAUGAAUACUGCAUUGAUAAGAAUUACGGAGGAAUACUGAUCAUAUGGGACAGAAUAUUUGGUACCUUUGCUGAAGAGGCUGACAAAGUGGUGUUCGGCCUGGUGUUCCCCAUCAACACUUUCGAAAUCCUCUACGUUCAGUUACACUACUAUUUGUAUUUGUGGAGACGGUCCAACACGUUCAAGACUAUCGGCGACAAGUUGUCGACUUUCUUCAAAGGUCCCAGUUGGAGUCCUGGUAAACUUCGGCUAGGCGACCACGUCGACAAUCCGGAGGUUACCGGACAGGAAGUGCCUCAUGAUCCCAGCUGGCCGCUGCCUUUACAACUGUAUGUGGUCAUACAUUUCCUGCUGGCGCUGGGGACUUACCAUGAUCUGUUUGAAAACAAAAUGAUGCUGUCCCAGUUAACCGUCCUGGGGAUGACCUGCUACGUUCUGCUCACUCUCACUUCCCUGGGCCUCAUCAUGGAUCAGAGGCCAACGGCGGCUUUCUUGGAGAUGCUGCGCUGCGUCGUCAUGGUGACAAUGCAGGGGUACGGCUGCGCAAAGCCCCUGCUGUCUUCACUGGCCGGCCCCACGGAGGCCUUUGUCUCCCUCUCUCUGCUGUUCUGGGCUCUGCAGAGCUCCUCCCAGCUGCUCCGCAUCAAGAAGAAGGCCCACUGACUGGUUUUACUGGUUUAUUGUGCAGGGACGAUGAACACAGAGUUAGCCCGAGGAUGGUUUUCAUCUGCUGUUUUAUUAAGUUCAAAUUACUGAAAUGAUUACAUAGUGAGAUAUUUUGAAUAAUCUUUAACACCGUGUUAAGAAUCAUUUGAUCACAACAAUAACAUUGUUUCAGUUUCAGCUGGAUUCACUUUUUACUGGUUACGUAUAACUGGUUUUGAAAGAAGCUUUAUUACAUAUAUUGUCAGUAAGACAAGGUGAUGAAAAGGUGCUCUUCAUCAAAUUAUCUAAUUCUCUGUUUAAAAAUGUCUUCUGUGUUUUUUUUCUACACUGUGCUAAUAGAAUUUCAGCGUUGCUAAUUUCAGUACUAAUGAAUUAACACUUUUGUUUAUCCCCUGAGCUACAGAAUAAUUUUUGCCUUUUACUUUGGACAACAAACACUCUUCUGUACAUUGUUUUCCAUUUGUCAUUGCAAUUAAAAGCAAUUGAAACGUU